AUGUUUUGGACAGAAGGAAGAAAAGAGCACCAAGGCGACCACGAAGAGCCCGUGGAUUCACAUUCACAUUCACAUUCCAAUGGCGCAAGCAAUAAGCAGCAGCACCACGAGGAACAAGUGUCCAUACUACAAGACACGUAUGAUGAACUGGAGAAAGAACGCGCCAAGCGUCGAGAAUUGGAGGCCAAAAUUGCCCAGUUGGAGAAACAGAACCAAAAGCAGCAGCAGUCUACUACUAGUACUCGCCGAAAAAGCGCCACUGCUCAGAAAGCAGCUGUUUCCAACAAGCGAUUGGUGGCCUUGCAAGCGGAAAUGGAAGGCUAUCGACAAAUUGUGGAUGCUUUGACAAUGGGAAGACCUGCCAUUGAUGCUGCCGUCGCUGGUCUUCGCUCCUCUUCAACAACAAACAACAACAACAGCAACAACACACCGUCAUUGGCCUCCACUUCCAUCCUCGUAAAUCCACAAAAACCUCUUCCACUACACAUUGUACGUUUCCUCGAAGUCAUGCCUUGGCAUCCACAGGCCAUGGAAGCUGCUGUCGUCACGGAAGAACUAUACGAAUGGCAAGCAUAUAGUGCUGAAAAGAAGGCGUGGAAAUCAGAUGUCGAGUUCUUUACCACAUUCUUCAACGCAUUGCCAGUUGUCAUUCCCGGUGACGAACAACCCACCAAAGAGCAGUCCAAGGAAACAAGAAAGCCGGGAGUUUGGACCAACAAGACUCUCACCCUGAGAUUUGAUCUCCGCAAUGGUUGUGUCCUACCAAACAAACGUGGGGUCCCCUCCUGGAAAUGGAUUGGAGGAUGGCAAGUCCAGAAAGACACCACCAAUGACGACACCACUGCCACAGCUACAUGUACAAGUAGUUCCUUUGUGGACCAAGACGGAUGGAUGUACGCCAAAGAAAGUGGUCACUUUCUUCUCGCAGAUUCAUCCUCCUACGCCGACGUUCUCAUUCCUCCGGCCUCACUCACUCAACAAGUCCUUUCCACCAUGUCGUCGUCAAAGUCAGCAGCAACAACAACAAAGAAGAAGAAAAAGCACCGACAGCAGCAACCUGGUCCUUCUCCGGUGGUUGUUCGACGACGCAAGUGGUCUCGAGAACGUGUCCUCGUCGACUAUCCUCAUGCCUCGGAAAAUACCAUACACUACCUCAAGCUUUUGGCGAACAGAGAAGAACUCAAGGUCACCAAUGCUCUAUUGAAGGACUCCUACAACGACGCACAACAAGCUCUGGCGGACAUGGAGGUACACAAUGCGGCGGCACAGUUCCAGUGGACACAAGAACGGCGCGCUUUGGAAGCCCGUCUCGAAACGGUCCAGCAAGAACACAAGGAACAUCUAGAGGUCCUCGAACGAACGCGGGGACCAUCCAAGCAACUCUUUGCCUCUCAUUCGCCUCUUCCCAAGGUCAUUUACAAGCGCUUGAAUGACGACGAUGAGAGCGACAGUGACAGCGAUGAUGACACGGACUGCAGCUCGGAUGACGACGAUGAGGAGCACGACACCAACAAGUCACGCCCUGCUUCCAUGCUGCUCCACCCCGAAGAUGGAACCAUUGACCUCAGAGCUGCCGGUGCGGAAAAACCACAGCCAAGACGAUCCUUCUUUGGAUGGGGCGCCGGUAGUCAGCACAAGGAACAUGGUGGAGUGAGUCCGUCAACUGCUCCAGAUGUGGAGCCAUGCUCGGACGAUAACUCCAUUUCGACCUAUGAUCAUGAUGUCGAUGUGUCGGAACAGUCCACCGACGAUGAUGCCUCCUUGGCUAUUUUCUCCUCCUCCCCGCCUUCGGAAGAUCGUCACAAGUCCUUUUUGCACAUGUGGUUCGGCAAGCAUGAGGACGAUGAACACAACAAGACGACUGCCGGAACUGGCCUCGGCGAUGCCCAAGAAGUGUAA